UCAUACCACGCAUUCCGUUUGUGUUGCAAUCCUAUAGAAAACUGACAAUAGGCUACGUAAGUAACGUUUACGCGCGCUAUGAAAGAUUGGCUGAUGUGAACCGGUCCGGAGAGAAGCCGUGUACUGCCACGCGUAUUAUAAUUCUGAGCAUUAACCGAGACAUUGAUAUCCAACUCUACCCAGCAAAAUCAAUCUCAUUGAUUACAUAGAAGGCAAUAUUUGGCUCUUAGUAUCACGUAGAAAGAAAUGCUCGUUCCUUGGUAAUUUGUACUCCAUAACAUCCAACAAGCUCAUAUAUUACUGUGCAAAUAUGCAAAUAUCCAACUGAGAUACUGUAAAAUGCUUGCAUGCCUCAAAAUUGACAGAUUUAGUUAUUACUGGCAGUUGGGUUACUCAUUUAUUAUAGCUUGACAUUGAAAUUAACACUAUCUCACUUUCUCGACAUUAAAAGGGAACAUGAAUCAGUACGAUAUUGCCUCAAGUGUUUGUAACUUUAAAAUCUUACGUGCAUCCGGCCGCCCUCAACGCUUAAAGAUAUUUAAAUAUUACAGCACACGAUAUGUCCAGAAUAAAAAGCUGCGAAAAGUCAGUUCUUGUUAACAAGUUACCAGAGGAGUAAUAAACCAACGAGAUAGCAAGGAUUGGCAAAGAUUGAGAUCGGGAUAGCGAAAAAAAAGGCGAGCUGAAAAUAAUAGAAGAAUGCCUAUGACGUUUGCUACGCUCAGAUAGUUUCAUCAGUUUUAUGCCUGAGUAACGUUAUAUGUCAAUAUACUCGGCGCGUCUCUCGAGGUUCCACACUGAUCAGUCACACAUUUCAAGUGGACAGGUUAGAUCGUCAUCGAGAAAUGUUUUUGGUAUUGUUCUUCAAGUUGGUACUCCAUUUCACAUGUGGAGCAGCUGAAAUUCAAGAUGGGCAAGCUCCACUGAUGAUUGUGUCCCUGGAUGGAAUGGAUUGGCGAGUGUUGAAGAGUCAGUUUGCUGUUACAGCUAAUUUGGACUUCGUCGCACAAACGGGAGUUAAAGCCGAAUACAUAAAGAACAUUGUACCUUCCAGCACGUGGCCAAAUCAUCAUACUUUUCUGACUGGUCUCUACUCGGAGAGUCACGGGAUUGUGGCGAACAGAUUCUGGGAUCCAGUUUACGAAGAAAAAUUUAUAUUCGGUUACGACUGUUCAAACUUUGAUCCCAAGUUUUACAACGAAGCGGAACCAAUAUGGCUGACAUUACAAAAGCAAGGCGGACGCAGUGGCUCAUAUUUUUGGCCAGCAACUACCAGCUACUCCGUGAAACCAACCUUCUAUGAAAAAGAACUCUGUCUUGUCAACUGUAGUGCAAUAAACCCCAAAGAGCUUCCAAGGUAUAGAAAUAGAACUUUCGAAGGUUUUCCACCUUACGUUCACUGCGUGUUUAACUUGAGACAGAAUUUUUCAGUUCGAGUCAAUAAGGCGGUGGAGUGGCUUCGUUCUGACAAACCGCCGCAUUUUAUUUCUCUCUACUUUGGAGCGAUAGACAAUACGGGUCACUCCCAUGGGCCGUUCUCGAAAGAAUACAAGAGUAUGGUGGAAAAUGUUGAUGUGAAUGCUGUGGGGUUCUUACUGAAGCGAUUAAAUGAAACUGAUUUUCUGCGCAAAGUCAACUUGAUAAUAGUAAGUGAUCAUGGAAUGGAUAAUACGUCAGCAAGUCGCCAGAUAUACUUGGAAGAUUUCAUUGACCCUUCGACUUAUACGUUGACUGAGAAAGGUCCUUUAGUGCACAUGUGGCCUCGUCCUGGAAUGAUGGAGGAAAUCUACCAAAACCUUACAAGAAAUCAAAUACCACACGUCCGCCGAGUGUUCAGGAAAGAAGACAUUCCAGAUGAGUACCACUGGAAAAACAACCGACGAAUUCCGCCGAUCUUCAUUGAUCCUGAAGUUGGCUGGGUCAUAACAAGCUCCAGAAGUGAUCCACCGCCAGGACGAGGAGAACACGGCUGGCCUCCAGAUCAAUCAAAGAGCUACUCGGUUUUUUAUGCUCGUGGACCAGCUUUUCGAGAAGGUGCAGUUGUGAGGCCAUUCAACAUAGUGGAUCUUUACCCUUUGAUGUGUGAGCUUCUUGGAAUAGAUCCUCGUCCGAACAACGGCUCUAUUGAAAAUAUCAAAGCUGUCCUUAAAGAAGAUAUUCCACCACCUCGGGGUGCUGGAAAGAAGCAAAACAGCGCAUGCUUGAAAUUCGUUUUAACAAUCCUCCUUAUUGGGUUUGGACUUUUCAGAAAUUGAACUUUCGAAGCUAUGAACUAUUUUUGUGUUAAGAAAACAACACUAAAAAAACUCCGUUUGGUUUCCUUGCUGAUGUUGAACGUUCUUAGUUUUUAGAGGACUUGAACUGAAAUUUGAAAAUGAUUAAAAGGAAUGAAGACUGGAUUUAUAUUCAAAAAUGUAUUUGAUGUACACCAUUCAUCUUAUUUCAGUUAGAAAGUGAAAGCUAAUUUUGGGUUAAUCUUUAACAUUUAUAAUUGUUCUGAAUUGUUUUAAUUUCAGUUAUGCGGAAGAAGUUCUACGUACCUUAUUGUUAUUUUGAAAUGAAUGAAACUCGCCAUGUACAUCCAUGUUAGCAAUGGUUUUACAUUCACUGGUCGAUUUUUAUACCUAAAUGUACCCUUUUGUACGUUCGCUGGCAUAUCAGGCGAGUUUAGUCUAGCAAUGGUUCGUAUUUUGGAGAGAUGUAGUCGGGAGAAUGCCGAAAACGAACGAGCCUAAGCGUUCCCAAAAGGGUACGGUUGAUUAUUUAUGUAUACUUAGAUUCGGCCACAUCAGGUUUAUAUAUAUGACUUGAUAUCGCAGGAUAUCAGCACAGUAGACACGGCUUCUGGUUGGCUAAUUGCGAACUUGGAUACGGUAUAAUUUCAUUUUGUUUUCUUUAUUUUGCCGUUUUUUUUUUAUUCUGAUCGACCAGGUGUGUGUUUCUCUCUAGAGAUCGAAAAGGAGGCUUAAUCUCAACAGAUUGGUCUUGCUUAAUUAAUUUUCAGAGUAAGCCUGCGCGUUUUUAAGUACUACAGUCAAAUCUAUCUAGGAUAAUUACAUUUCUAAAAAUAAAGAUGUUUAGCGGCAUUCAGCCGUUUCUUCCUUAAAUUAAACCUCCUAAUCAUUAGCCUGAUUACCUGUUUUAAGCAUUUUACUAGUAUCAUAAUCUGAUAGACCUAUUUACGGAAUAUUUAAAUAACGAUAUUGAGCUGUAUUUAGCCGUUUCAUUUGUAAAGCUUUUUAGAUUACAACUUAGCGUUGAGUAAACCGCUGUUCUUUUAGAAA